GAGCGUUCUUCCCAACUCUUCUCUGUUGUCUUGACACUUUUGUUGCCAGCUCAUCGCCACGCAAGAUGAUGGUGGUGGGAAGGACAGCAGUAGCCGCGCCUGCACUUGUCAGUGGAGCAGUGGUGGUGGGGCUGUGGCUCGCUGCGGGGCUGGUGGGUGUGGCGGUUGCACAGCAGACAUGCGAGCCCCAGUACGAUGGCUUCCCCUUCGCGAGAUGCAGCCCAACAGAGACGCAGUGCGAGGUGCAGUGUCUGCUCAGCUCCCAGACCAUCGCGUGCAGCGACUUUGGUGACACAGAGGCGUGCACCCCAGACAUCUGCACGGUGUGCACGUGCGAGCGCCGCGAUUCCGACAGGUCCAUCCAGAAGGUCCUGUGUGAGGACGCCGUGCAAGCGUGGCCGCAGGGCCUUCCCCUCCGCACGAACCAGUUCACCUGGCGUGUGGACCAGGGCGCCACCGCCAACAUUGGCGAGCUGCGCUCAUCCUUGUUUCGUCCAGGCACCUCGCUGAGCGUCCUCAAGCUCCUUGGUGUGGGGCUGACAUCCGUUGCCCCAGACACGUUCCAGCACCUGACAGACUUCAUGCUGCUCAACAUCGCCGGCACAGACCUCGUGGACCUGCCAUGGGAGAGCCUGCGCGCCAUCCCCACCCUCAAGUACAUCGAGGUGUUUGGCAACAAGCUCACGGCCGUUGACUUCAACCUCCUGCCAAACAACAACGGCAUCUUCAAGGCGUUCGAGGCCCAAAGCAACAUGAUCACCAGCGUCACGCCUCUCCAGCCCGGGCUUGUUCACUCGUCCAUCCUCACCCUCAAGCUUGACGACAACCUCAUCUCAAAGCCAGAGAACCUCACGCGCGGCAUGCCCAACCUGGACAUGCUCGCCGUGGGCGGCAACCGCUUCACCUACCUGCCGCGCUCGCUGUUCGACCCCAACGCACACUCCAUCACGCGCCUGUUUCUCUCCAACUCUGCGAUUGUGCACGUUCCCUUUGGCGUCAUCACGGACGUCAUGGCGGUGCCGGCGGUGGGUGACGCGCACAUGCUCGUCAUGACCGGCAGCCCAUCGUACUGCGAGUCCACCGUGAGGCAGGGCACGCAGCGGCCAACCUACCUUGACCUCACGUGCACCUGUCGCCAGCACUUCCGUGAUGACGGCAUCAUCGCCAACAUAGUCAAUGCCACCCACUGCCCUCUCGCGCGCAAAUUCCAGUGCCCCGUGCAGCGGGAUGGCAACCUGCCCAUCCGCGUUGACCAGUUCUGUGAUGGCAAGCAGGACUGUAUCGACGGCUCUGAUGAAGGCUUUGGGAAUGGUGGGUGUAGACAGUCGGGCCAGCUUCGGUCCCAGGACCCACCCAACUGCUUGUACACGCUGCUCGGCCUGAAUGCAACCCACAACCUGCGCUUUCUCGUCCAAAUACGCAGUGGCAGCGUGCUGGGGCGCCUACUCAUUGACAACCUGAACGACAAGGAGGCUGCCAAGAUGAAAGGGGUUCUGUAUGAUGUGCGGCAAACCCCUGAGGAUCUUGGCGCGCGUGUUACCGGAUACUUGCUGGAUAUUCCAGCAUCUUACGCUCCCCUCCCCUUCAGGGCCGUGUCGUUCUUCAACACGGUGACGGACCUGCGGAUCUACGCGGCGGGCGAUUCAAACGAUGAAAUCUGCAGAACACAGUUCUCGUUUGACAAUCGCACCAGGAACACGCAGGGCGAGUGGUUCCGCUUUCCGGAAACGGUUGAAGACAACCCUUCACUUUUGUCCACGCUCCCAAACUACCGUGAGGCGGUGGAGGGCGUGGCGCGGAUCGACACAACCCCCACACCAGGGGUCUCAACAAGUGCUGCUGUAUCCACGACGAGUGGCGGCUCCAUUGAUCGCUCGCGUGGCGGCAGUGACGCUGGCGCCAUUGUUGGCGGUGUUGUAGGCGUUCUCAUCGCCAUCUCCAUCCUUGCAGCCGUCUUCUACACGCGUCGUGCCCGCACCAAGACGGGCCCUGCAGGGGUGCAUGCACUCGCUGCUGCGGACAUUGAGGCCUUGGAUCUGCAGCAGCAGCGCAUUCAGCGCGAACUUGAGCGGUGCAAUGUCCUCAUUAAGGACCUUGCUGCCCCCGACACCGCAGACUCAAAGCUGCCACAGGCACAGAGGUCGAGCGUAGUUUUGCACGAGCAGCUUGGGCGCGGCGCCUUUGGUGUUGUGUUCAGAGCAACCUGGCGAAGGCGUGGCCAGCCACGGGAGGUGGCUGUAAAGACGUUUCCGGAGGGCCCGGUGCCGCUGGACGACCAGGCCGCGUUCCUCGUCGAGGCGCAGCUCAUGGGCGUGCUGAGACAUCCGUGCUUGGUUGCUGCUUUGGCGCUGUGCAGUGGGGACUCUGAGCCGCCUCUUCUCAUCAUGGAGUUUCUGCAAGGCGGAAACCUGAGAGAUUAUCUUCGCACGGCCACGGCCACGCCUCAACUUCUUCCAACAUGGGGACAGCUGCUGCAUGCCUGCAUCUGCAUCGCUGACGGCAUGGCCUACCUCGCCAGUCGAAAUGUUGUGCACCGUGAUCUGGCGUGUCGCAACGUGCUCGUUGGCGCGUCCCUGCAGGAAGACGUUAAGAUCAGCGAUUACGGCAUGGCCCGCUACCUCAACCAAUCAGAUUACUACCGCCAGUCCUUUGAUCGCGCACUGCCGAUCCGCUGGAUGGCGCCGGAGACGCUCGAGGAUGAAAUCUGGACAACACAGAGUGACGUCUGGUCCUGCGGAGUCACGUUUUGGGAGGUGUUGACAUGCGGACAGGUUGCUUCGAUGCUGUGGUGUCUUCCUCAACGCGCCACGCUCGAACUGACCUGGCUCUUUGUGCUGGGCACACACACACACAGUGACUCACUCACUCACACACACACACACACACACACACACACAUGCACUCUGACAAAUACUCACUCACUCAACUCAAUCAAUCACACAACCCACUCACUCGCACGCGCGCGCUUUUUUUCACAGACACCAUAUCCCAAAUUGCGGACCCAGGAGGUGUCGCGUGCGCAUCACACAAUGACGACGCACAUGCCGCUGCCGCCAGCGUGCCCCAUGCCCCUAUAUCAAGCCGUGAUUGAGUGCUGGAAGGUGGAUCCACACGCCCGUCCAUCCUUUGACAUCGUUCUUCGCCAUCUCACACAAGUGCGCGAGUCACUGCAGGCGUCUGGCGUGCUGAAUCAGCAGUGCCCGCCGCCGCAAGCGCCAGUGAAAUUGCCCGAGCCAGGAUCGAGUGCCGCAACAACGACGACGACAACGACGACGAUCGCAUCAGCGUCAUCACCAUAUGACUCGGCAGGAACAGCAAGGCUCAUCCUGCAGCGGAGCGUGGAUGCGACGGCCACCCCUCACCAGCGUUCUCCCGAUCAUCAUGCGGAUGGUGGGGACGAUGAAGAUGAUGGCGAGACUCGACUGUAACUGGACUCUUUUGGGUUGUGUCGCUAGUUGACCUGAUUUCAUAGCCGUGUUGCAUGACUUUCGUUCUUUGGCUGGCCUGUGUGGUGUGAGCGUGGUGUGGGUGCGGUUUCGUUCACUCGUUUGUGAUGUGUGUUACUUGCUUGCUGUGCUCGUUUCCUUCUUCUCUUUGUUCUUCUUUUGUUUGUGUGCCUGGUAAUGUUGGCUCGGAUGGAGGUAUGAACGGCUGACAGAUGCAGUAGAGAGUCCGCUCCAAGACUACGGUACGGGCAAAAAAAAAAAGAAAUACGCCCGCCGG